GUUUGAAAUCCGUAAAAAUCCUUGUUUAUUCAGUUUCCGUUUAAUCAUCCUGUUUUGAUUUUCUUUUUUGCCAAAAUGAAUAUUUUUUUGUGAACGUUUCCUGAACGCCAUAGGCAAAGUAAUUAAAAAUGCUUUGACGUAACCUCUUUACCACUACAUAGAUGAUGACACACAAUUGUGUUCACCGAACCGGUACAUCUGCAGCCGUAGAGAGCCAGGGAACCUUUGGCAACGCGCUGUUUAUUUGUAAUCCUACUAUUGACCCAUGUUAUAGUUACACUUUCUUACAAGAAUGGAAUUGGAGCCAAAACCUCGCUUUCUAAGCUUUCAAGACCCUAUCCAAUCAUCUUCGGAGGAUGAUAACGCCUCGCGUACCUCAGCGAGACGCAUGUCAGCGAUGUCAGAGGCGAGCACAACAUCGUCCUCCCGACGCAUUUCGGUUAUCCAACCUGGACGAAAAACUUCCAAGGCGACCUCGUAUGUUUCACCUUACCGGUCAUGGCGCGGACUGUCUGAUUCCCUCCGCGAUCAGGCGGGGAACGACUUUCAAGGAGACGUGAAGAAGCAAGAGGUUGAGAAUACGUACCGCAUGGAGCCGAAGAGGAAAUUUCCUCAGCGAGAAGUAAGGGAGAUCAUUAAAAACAGUUUGGAGGCGUUGUUAGGCGCGUUGACUUAUUCAGGCUCCGAGUUUGGAUUCCUCACAAAGCUGCUGAGUUCAAGGAUUAUGGAACAAGUAAAGAGUCUUAAUAUUGAACGAUAUAAGCUUGUCUGUGUUGUCAACGUUGGGUCGAAACAUAAUCAAGGUCUAAGGGUCGCAAGUCGAUGUUUGUGGAACCCGGAUUCAGACACGCAUGUCACAGCAAGUAUCGAAAAUGGCACGUUAUUCGCUGUGGCUACUGUAUACGGCGUUUACUUCGAGUAACUGAACAAAAAUCAGUCAGGAGUAAGGGAUCACUCGCACGAUACCAUUUAAGACUUCAAAUUGAAAGGAACAUCACGCUAAGUCCAAUAUAUCACGACAUCAGUCAGUAUAUUACCCUGAUUCUUGUCAACAUAUAUUAUCCUCCGAACGAUUUAAAUGGAGUGUAAUUCAUUGAUCGACGCUCUUAGCGCGGUCAGUGGCGUUCAUAAACACCGCCAUAAAAAAGCUGUUUUAUCAGAAGUAUUAUAAACGACGUACAUUCUGAGCAUAAUGACCAGGUUGGAAACCAACAUAACAUUGUUUCAAAUACAGUGUUUAUUUUUGUUACUAUGCACGCUUGAUAUUAUAAUCUCAGCAAUAUGAAGAAUCAAUCUUGUUCUACUCACGAAAAAGAAGAAAAAACAAAUAAACAACACCAGAAGAAACUCUAAAGGCAGAAAAUUAUAUACGAAAUAUCAAGUUUCUCUUUGCCAUACGAAGAUGACUGUGAGGUAAAUAGGAAAAGCCGUUAUGUAAAUUUUUUUGCCACAGUUCGCUUCACUGACCCGUUUAAAUUAGACUUGAAAACCUCAAAUUAAAAUAAUGAUAUCAGAGAGAUUUUGCGUUAAUAAACUUACAACUUACUUCUUCCCGUGAAGCAUUUGGUAGGAAAAUCAUUACAGAGAAAAGAGAAAACUAAAUAUUCAUGUUUAUACCUGGUACCAAAGCCCUUUUUUCUUUCAUGUUGAAAAUUGAAGCUCAUAAUUCACGAAUUCAAGAAACCAUGUUAAUUGAAAACAAUGUAUGCAUGUUCAUGCCCAGGCCAAAUCAAAUGAACACUAUUUUGGCAUGAAUAUGUUGAAAUUAUUUAUCUGAUACAAGCUCGGCUCGGGCGAAAGAAGUGCCAAAACGCGCGAGAAGGACCAAAUCGCUGAAUUAUUUUUAUAGAUAAAACUAGUCUCGUCGAUUUGGGAACUGUGGAUAAUAUAUAAACUAAUUAGUUUAACUAGGAAUUGCAGCGCGUGAGUUUAGGUACCCUGUGUCAUGUAAUCUUGGUGGUAAAUAAACCGAGCACUUCUCUAGACUCGCUUUCGAACGAGUUAUUUAAAUGAGUUGAACUCUUUUCCGUUUA